AUGUACAAGAAUUAUCACGGCUGGGUUAACCCUGAGGACUUGACUGCUAUGCCACAAUGCAUCGCCCAGCAGGACCACGACACUUGGUUAGAGGCCAUGACCAAAUGCACUCAGAAGCGAUGCACAUCACAAUUUGGUGUCAUCUGCACGCAUCACCAAUGGCUCACCGAACUCAGCUGUUUGAGCAUCGAGUUCUCGCCUGAUGUGCUCAGAGAAUACCUCCCGUACUGCAGCAGAUCUAUCCUUGCAAAGGCACAGUUGUAUCAUUGGACUCGCAACAUCACUGGGCGAUCUUGGUUUGUUGAUGUCGGUGAUGCGAACGGGUUGACGAACCUGUGGCCGUCCUCUCUACCGAAGGGGUACGCUGGCAUUGGAGCGCUUAAUCAUGCGCCAACAUGUCUAACUACAUCGCGAUCCGCUUCGUCGAAUGAAAAAUUUCAGUAUUCUGUAGCAUCUUGCGUCUUCACUGCCACUCCCGAACACAUAGGAAAUGCCGAACGCCCUUGGGAAUACAGUCAGUCUCUCAAGUCCAUGACUGCCCUAGAUUUUGUAACUGCCGGAUACAGCCUCGCCCGGGGUUACCUUCCAUCUGGCGAAUACUUUGACAAAGAUUGCUUUUGCAACGUUUUCACCUUGGAUUUUGAACAGGAACCCUGUUCAGCGUCCGCUUUGGACAUGACGAAAGAGCGCCUCUGGUUAAACAGCACUUGCGGAUCGGUAUCCCUACCUGACAACUGGACGAAUGAUCUCAAGACUACAGGAUUUGCCUACAUGCCUAUUGAACACUGGAAAUGGCCAACCUGCGUCAUGGAUAUGCCAAAUAAGGUCACUAAUCUGGUUGAUCAAUGUGCGACUGAUGCUUGCGAGAUCAGCUCCCCUGGUGGAUACUGCAAUGUCAAACGCGCUGUAGAAAGAAGUUGCUUCUGCCACGACAUUAGCUAUGAUUCCUGUGGAGGUUCAUGCCACGUCUUUGAGGGCCGCAUCGACUAUCUUCACUGGUUGCACGACCUUUGCGGCAGUGUGGAAGGAUGGCAUGGUCUCCCAUCCAAUUGGCGCCAAUUGACCAACCCGUCCCGCCUUGAGAUGAUUCCAUGGCGAUGGAGUCUCAAACCGGACUCAGAAACCGAGCAAACAACACAGACUUGUGCUUCAAAUGAGUGGAAGUUUGGAAGUAUCACAUUAGUCAACAUGGGUCCUCUACUCCUCAGCACAAUUCUCAUCAACGCCAAAGCCUUCCGACGAAUUUGUUGUCAAACCGUCCAGGUCUAUUAG